AUGUAUAUAGGGUCUGUGAGAAAGUCCUUCAAGGACUCUCUUAAAGUGCUUGAAGCUGAUAUUCAGCAUGCUAAUACUCUGGCGUCAGAUUUUUCAAGGGAUUAUGAUGGAGCGUGUCUUCAGAUGAGAAUGUCAUAUAGUCCAGCAGCGCACCUGUUUCUUUUUCUUGUUCAGUGGACAGACUGCUAUCUUGCUGGUGCACUUGGACUGCUAAGGAUCCUAAUUUAUAAGGUUUAUGUGGAUGGCACAACCACCAUGACUACUCAUGAAAGAAAAGCAAGUAUCAGGGAGUUCUAUGCUGUAAUUUAUCCCUCUUUAUUGCAACUUCAAAGAGGAGUCACUGAUACAGAAGAUAAGAAACAGAAGACAGUGUUCAUGGAAAGGUACCGAAGACGAGAUGACGAGGAACAUAGGCAGCAUGCUGAUGUUGACAUUGAAAGAGAAGAAGAAUGUGGAAUAUGCAUGGAGAUGAAUAGCAAGAUAGUACUGCCCAACUGCAACCAUGCCAUGUGCUUGAAAUGUUACCGUGAAUGGCGAUCAAGAUCCCAGUCAUGCCCCUUCUGCCGUGACAGUCUCAAGAGAGUAAACUCUGGAGAUCUCUGGGUAUUUACUGACAGCAGGGACAUUGUGGACAUGGCAACGCUGACAAGAGAGAACCUAAGAAGGCUUUUCAUGUAUAUAGAUAAGUUGCCUCUGAUUAUUCCUGAUAAUCUUUUUGACUCAUACGAUUCCCACAUAAGAUAG